UCUAUUUUUUUUUGGCAUAUAUAAAUACCACUCGCUUGACCCCAGCUCAUCUUGAUCUUGUCUUGGUGUUCUUCUGGCUUGCUUUCAGCUUCUGGGUUUUCACUAUUUCAUUUAUUUCAGGCACCCAUGAAUGCUCUUGCAGCCACCAACCGCAACUUUCGUCAUGCAGCUCGCAUUCUUGGGCUGGAUUCUAAGCUUGAGAAAAGCCUUUUGAUUCCCUUUAGAGAAAUCAAAGUUGAGUGUACAAUUCCAAAAGAUGAUGGCACUCUGGUUUCUUAUGUUGGGUUUAGAAUCCAACAUGACAAUGCUCGUGGGCCGAUGAAAGGAGGAAUCCGUUACCACCCUGAGGUUGACCCAGAUGAAGUGAAUGCUCUAGCUCAACUAAUGACAUGGAAAACAGCUGUAGCAAACAUUCCUUAUGGUGGAGCUAAGGGUGGGAUUGGGUGCAACCCAAGGGACUUGAGUAUCAGUGAAUUAGAACGGUUAACUCGUGUGUUUACUCAGAGGAUCCAUGAUCUCAUUGGAAUUCACAGGGAUGUUCCUGCCCCUGACAUGGGAACUAAUGCGCAGACAAUGGCUUGGAUUCUUGAUGAGUACUCAAAGUUUCAUGGGCAUUCACCUGCAGUUGUGACUGGAAAACCUAUUGAUCUUGGGGGUUCACUUGGAAGGGAGUCUGCGACUGGACUUGGGGUGGUUUUCGCAACAGAGUCUGUACUUGCUGAAUAUGGGAAGUCAAUUUCUGGUAUGAAGUUUGUUAUCCAGGGUUUUGGAAAUGUUGGAUCAUGGGCAGCCAAGUUGAUCCAUGAUAGAGGGGGUAAGGUCGUUGCUGUUAGUGACAUCACUGGUGCAAUUAAAAAUCCAGAUGGAAUUGAUAUUCCAGCUCUGCUGAGAUACAAAGAGAGCAAUGCAAGUUUGAAGGAAUUCCAAGGGGCAGAUUCUAUGGACCCGAAUGACUUGCUUGUUCAUGAAUGUGAUGUUCUCAUUCCAUGUGCCCUAGGAGGGGUCAUUAACAAGGAAAAUGCAGCUGAUGUGAAGGCAAAAUUCAUAAUAGAAGCUGCAAAUCAUCCCACUGACCCUGAAGCAGAUGAGAUUUUGUCCAACAAGGGAGUUGUUAUUCUCCCCGACAUAUAUGCAAAUGCCGGUGGUGUGACGGUGAGCUACUUUGAAUGGGUUCAGAAUAUUCAAGGAUUUAUGUGGGAAGAAGAAAAAGUUAACUGUGAGCUUAAAAGGUACAUGCACAAGGCUUUCCAUGACAUCAAAGCAAUGUGUCAAAUUCAUAACUGCAACUUGAGAAUGGGAGCUUUUACUCUUGGGGUGAACCGGGUUGCGCGUGCUACGACCUUGAGGGGCUGGGAAGCAUGAAUUUACUUUUUAUUUGCUAUGUUUUUUUGCCCAUCAGAUGGUUCUCUUAGUCGUUACAAAAAAGGUAAAAGAAGAGAAACUUAUCUUCUUUUUUUUAAAUUUCAGUCGUGCAUGUAAUGGGAAAUGAAUGAAGGUAAUGGGGUUGUUAUUAAAGAAAUAAUAGUACUCAGUUUAUUAACA